CCCCUUUUCUUGAUCGGGACAACGACAACGGGUACGAUCGAUCGACGCGCUGCGAUGUCCUCAAGACCAAACCCACACUGCCGAGCGCGAACCAACGAACGAGACGACGCCACCACCCUGCGACGUGUUCUUCUGCAUUUCGCGAUUGCAUGGCCGAGAGGUGAAGGCGCGCGCCGAUCGCUUGCCGGCCGGCGGCGUAGGCCGCAGGGAGCGUAGAGGGUGACCGGGAUGGAGGGCGGCGUUAGCGGUGAGACGGAUGCGAUGCCGGAGGCGGAUGCGCUGGAGUUCACGCCGACGUGGAUCGUCGCGGGGGUCUGCUCCCUCAUCGUGGUCAUCUCCCUCGCCGUCGAGAGGUUCCUCCAUUACAUCGGCAAGACACUGAAGAAGAAGAACCAGAAGGCGCUGUUCGAGGCUCUCCUCAAGGUGAAAGAAGAGCUGAUGCUUCUGGGGUUCAUCUCCCUUCUGCUCACGGUUUCCCAAGGGGUGAUCCAGAGGACGUGUAUUCCUCCCAGCUGGACCAACUACAUGCUGCCCUGCAAGAAGAUGGACGCGCAUACUGUCACUGCUAAGGUUCUCGCCCUUGGCGUCCGGCGGCUGCUUUCCGAGAGAGGACCGCGGUCUGAGCAUUGCCAAAACAAGGGAAAAGUUCCUUUGCUGUCGCCUGAUGCGCUACAUCAGUUGCAUAUUUUCAUUUUUGUUCUGGCUAUCACCCAUGUGAUUUUGAGUGCUGUAACUAUGUUUUUAGGAGGAGAAAAGAUUCGUCAAUGGAAACGAUGGGAGGAUGAAAUUGAGAAAAAUGCAGGAACCGGAUCUAAGAAGUUAACCCAUGUUCAACAAUUUGAAUUUAUCAGGGAAAAUUUUAAUGGCGUCGGCAAGGAAUCAAUGAUAUUAAGCUGGAUGCAUUCAUUUGCUAAGCAGUUUUAUGCCUCUGUUACUAAAUCGGACUACACAACAAUGCGACUUGGUUUCAUCAUGACACACUGCCGGGGAAACCCAAAGUUUCAUUUUCACCGAUACAUGGUACGUGCUUUAGAGGCUGAUUUCAAGAAGGUGGUUGGCAUAAGGUGGUACUUGUGGAUAUUUGUUGUGAUAUUCAUGUUGCUGAAUGUUAAUGGUUUGCACACCUACUUUUGGAUCUCCUUCAUUCCCCUUAUUCUUCUGCUGGCUGUUGGCACCAAGCUGGAGCACGUCAUAGCUCAGCUGGCCCAUGAGGUCGCCGAGAAGCACUCGGCAAUCGAGGGCGACUUGGUCGUCAAUCCAUCAGACGAGCACUUCUGGUGCGCACGGCCGAGGGUGAUUCUGUACCUGAUCCACUUCAUCCUCUUCCAGAACGCGUUCGAGAUCGCGCUCUUCUUCUGGAUGCUGACUACCUACGGCUUCAACUCCUGCAUCAUGGACCACGUCCCUUUAAUCGUGCCGAGGCUUGUCAUCGGGUUGGUCACACUGGUUCCAUUGAUGUACUCAUCGCAUUUCUUACAAGCAAAGAGCAAUGUUUCUAGUUCAGACUCAAGACUGUUUGCCUUUGCUUGCAGGGUCGUUAUUCAACUCCUCUGCAGCUACAGCACCUUGCCUCUAUAUGCAAUUGUCACCCAGAUGGGAACAUUCUUCAAAAAGGAGAUCUUCGACGAGCACAUCCAGCAGGGGUUGGUUGGGUGGGCGCAGAAGGCCAAGAGGAGGACAGAAUCUAUCAAGGAUGGCGCCGGUGGUGGCACGCACGGGCCUUCCUCUGGUCUGGAAAUGCUGCGGCGAGCCGCCGCUGCAAUACAGGGCUCUCGAGCUCCGCAAAGGUAGAGCGUACGUCCCUACAAUCUGCAACGAAACGAUUGUACGUGCGUGCGAUAGCACCAAAGAUGAAGCGUUACCGUAUCGCAACGUUGGGACAGUAUCGGGCAGUUCUGCGGUUGGCACAAUUCUUCACCGGCUGGAGCAACGAUAACCCUUCCGAUGAUGCAUGUAUUAGUUCAGAUUAGUUCAGACACUAUCAGCGAAUCAAGGUAGAAAGAGAGUAUUUGUACCCCAGGAAUCGGAUACUACACCUUCCAGACUUAUAGAUUGCUCUAGUCGGGUGUUCAUUGCAAAGGUAAGAAAUAUUACUGUACUGAACUGAUAAUACAAGAUACCGGAGUAGUA